UGAACUACUGUGCGGCUGUGCGUUCAGAAAUUAAUUUCGUUAAAGUGCCAAUUAUCAUAUCCUGAGCAAGUGCUUCGCGUAUCGCAGGAGCAGUCACAAAACAGAAAAACGAAAAUAACGCAUUAAACAGACAAUUACUUUGCUCACAAUGGCCGAUGAUCCAGUAAAUCAACAACAGUUUGCCGAAGAUGUGGCAGCACUUGCCGCCGCUGGUUCUGGUGAUAAUCUUGGUAAUCCGUAUGGCAAUCUUGGUGACCCUAAAGGCAAUUUUAAAAUGCCUAGUGUUGAUGAGGUUUGGAAAUUGAUCCAACAGAUGGAGGGUAUAAGCGACGAGGAAAAGGAAAAUUUAAAGGAGAAUCUUUACAAUCCACAAGAAGGCACAGCUGAGGAUUUUAUGCGCCGCUAUGCUGAGCCCGGCCCCGCGCAUUCCUCCUGGGAUUAUAUGAUCUUCUUUGCAAUGAUUGCGCUUAUUUUGCUCGUUUUUGCGCUCUUCGGCUACAAACUAUACAAGUCGCUAAUGGAGAAGGAACUGAAAAAGCAAGAGAAAUUAAAAACCAAACAAGCCAAAAAGUUAAAAAAGACAAAUUAAAGUAGACAAUUUUAAUUCAUAUAUUUACACUAAAGUUACGAAUAUAACAUUCUAAACUGGAAUAUGCCAAUUUUUCUUCACGACGAUGCUAAUUGCGUUGUAUCUUGAUGAUAUGUAGAUGAAAUCAAAUUUAUGUAUGGCAAUUGAGCGCAAUUAAUAUUUAAUACCGUAAGUUGUAGCGUGUUUUAAAAACUUAUAAUGCAAUAUCUAUACAAAAGCUCUAUACACCAAAUCAAAGGCAUAUGUACGUAAAUUUACGGAUACAUACAAAUAUAUAUAUACAAAUGAAGUUGGAUGUAGUUCAAUAAAUAUAUAAUAUAUACAAAUAAUCAAAAA